UUCCUCAGCUCCUCCAGUAGGGGCAGGAGAGGGCCCAGCCUUCCUCUCCUGGGCCAGCCUCUCAAGUGAGCAGCCCAGGGCUGAUAAGAGCUCCGCAGCUGUCUCUCACACACCAGCCUGGGCCCACAGAGCCGCCAGCACCAUGAAGGAUGAGGUGGCCCUUCUGGCCACUGUCACUCUCCUGGGAGUCCUGCUGCAAGCCUAUUUCUCCCUGCAGGUGAUCUCGGCGCGCAGAGCCUUCCGCGUGUCGCCGCCGCUUACCACGGGGCCGCCGGAGUUCGAGCGCGUCUACCGAGCCCAAGUGAACUGCAGCGAGUACUUCCCACUGUUCCUCGCCGCGCUCUGGGUCGCCGGCGUCUUCUUCCACGAAGGUCUGGGCUCGGGACAGACGCGCACACACCCCGGGGCCCCGGGCCGCGCGCCAGGCGGCUCACGUGGCCGCCCCGGCCCUCUCGCAGGCACGGCGGCCCUGUGCGGGUUGGUCUACCUUUUCGCGCGCCUCCGCUACUUCCAGGGCUACGCGCGCUCGGCGCAGCAAAGACUGACCCCGCUGUACGCGAGCGCGCGCGCGCUCUGGCUGCUGAUGGCGCUGGCGGCGCUCGGCCUGCUCGUCCACUUCCUCCCCCGCGCGCUGCGCGCCGCGCUCCUCGGACGGCUCGGGACGCUGCUGCCCAGGGCCUGAGACGGAGGACGCCGGGUCGGAGGAACCGGAGAAGAGCCGGAGCUUCCAAGAGGACAGGGGAGGGUGCUCGUCCUAUCCCAGUCCCCUAUUAAAGUGCCGGUGACCGAA